GCCUCCGAAAACCAAGACCUCACCCAUCACGGUGCCGUCUCCCGGAGCUUCUGAGAAGUCUUGCCCCUGUUAUCCCAUUAAAGGGUUAUGUCUGCUUUUGGCUCCUGGCAAGAUCAAGAAGAUUACAUUCAGCCUUUUGCGCGGGGCCGACUGACGUUCCCCUCGCUGGUUCCGUUCCCGCCGGGGCUUCUCUACCUCCGCAUUGUGAGGAGCAGUCCAGCCAGCAUGGGCGCUUAUAGCUCCAACAUGGACGACAUCCUGGAGGAGGACAUGCACCACUGGUACACCAAGUUCAUGAGGGAGUCGCCGUCGGGCCUCAUCACGCUCUUUGAGCUCAAGACUAUGCUGGAGCUGAACGGCAUGACGGCGGAGGCCAGCAGCUACGUGGACCAGGUCUUCUUCACCUUCGACAUGGACGGGGACGGCUACAUCGACUUUGUGGAAUACAUCGCCGCCAUCAGUCUGCUCCUGAAGGGAGAAGUCAACCAGAAGCUCAAGUGGUACUUCAAGCUCUUCGACCAGGACGGAAACGGCAAAAUCGACAAGGAUGAAAUGGAGACCAUAUUUAAGGCCAUCCAAGACAUCACGAGGAGCUACGAAAUCCCCCCCGAAGAAAUCGUCACGCUCAUCUACAAGAGGAUCGACGUCAACGGGGAAGGUGAGCUGACCCUGGAGGAGUUCAUCAGCGGUGCUCGGGAGCACCCGGACAUCAUGGAGAUGCUCACCAAGAUGAUGGACCUCACCCACGUACUGGAGAUUAUCAUCAUGGGACAAUGCAAGAAGUCCAAAUAAUGAGCCGGGAGGGACGCCACUGACUUGAAAACUGCACCUCGCCCCCUGGUGGAGCCUUCUUUUAUCCUGGAGGUUCCUUCCAGAGGACGAGAAAAUGGCGACGGGCCCAAAUGCGGUCCGCUCAACCGCUUUGCUACAAUGUAAUGAGUAGAGGCUUCAUCAGGUAGGAACACUAUUGAUUUUGAUCCAUGGGCCAGGUAGCUUAGAUGAAAAAUCAAAAUCGGAUUUUUUAUUUUCACCAGUCACAAUUGACGACAAAUGACGAUGUCUGACACAAGACGGCGGUUCAAGUCAAAUAUUAAAAAUAAAAAAAUCAUAACACAGGACACAAGAUGGCUGAAGUAGUGAAAUGUCAAAAAUAAAUCAUGCACAGGGAUGUUUUUCAGCUCCUUUUCAACAUUUCUGGGAUUUCCAGUUAUGAACCCUAUGGAUUGUGAGUGGUGGGAACCCUACGGACUUUCAAGUGAGUCAUCACAAGAUGGCUGAAGUAGUUAAAGUCAAAAGGAAGAUUUUUAUUUUUUUUUUCUAUUCAACUUCGAAAUUUUACAGAUUUCAAUCUGUGAACCCUAUUGAUUUUGAGUCAUAUCUGCUACAGUGGAUUUCCAGUUGUGAACACUCUUGAUUUUGAAUGGAUAGAUCGUGCAAGUGUACCUAAUGUUGUGUCCGCUGACCGUAUACGCCCAUGUGAUGUUUUAAAUUGCUUCCGCGAUAAGUGUUGCCUUAAUAGGUUUCUCCUCACACUUGAUACGUUUGCUGAGUGUUUCUUCAAUGGCCCACCACUACAGACCGGAAAAGUUUGAAAAAAAGUCAGUCCCCGACACCAAUUUCCCCAAUCGACACGAAAUUGGGUGGACGUUUAUCAGAACAAACUCAAAAAAGGUUGGGAAACGCUGGACAAGACAGAUGGGCGAUGCCUAUGCAGUCUACUGUGGGUGGAAAUUGAAUCGAAAGCCAGGAGUUUCCACACACUGGAACGCAACUCAGCACAAAUUCAAACAGAUCAAUCAAUCAAACAAACAAACAAACUCAAUAAACCCAGGUUACCUUGACUUUGGAGCAAAUAUGGUUUCACUCAGCUGAUUAUCAAAGCACAUGAUGCCUUUUUACACCAGGGCUGGCGUUAAUAAUUCCCACUUGCUAGUUCUUAUUGGUACUAUGACAAAACUCAAAAUAAAAUAUUUAAUUGAAUUGAUAACUUUGCUCGAAUUAAGUAAUGUACUCUAUUCUCCAUUUCAUUACCAUUUUUUAUGAACGUACAAAUCAAGGCAAAAUAUUAUGUUUGUUCUUUGUCUGCCAAAAUAUUUCUACUUAGCAGGUAAUUUUUGUGUAAGAAUUUUACUUGCUCCAAGCAUUUUAAAUUAAGUAAAAUAUUACAAAUUUUAUUAUUUUUGUUUUUGUUUUUCAAAGUCCAGCUUUUGUCGUGUAGGAAUAUUUGUAUUUGUAUUGAUAGUGACUAUAUAGCAUCCAGCAUGGUCGAGUUACUUUUUUCAUGGGUGGUUAUGGCCUGGCUACGUUUACUAUAUUUGCGAAAUCUUGCGCAGUAGAAUUUUCCUCUUCUGUUCGCGGAAACCUUUUUUGCUCAAAUUAAGUAAUAUAUUCCUCAUUUCAUUACUUUUUGAGCUUGUUGAUUUAAGCCCGGUUUCUACACUGUAGGAACAUUUUGUUAGCCAAUUUAGCCUUAUAGCAUCGUUGGCUAAGUUUUAUUUGAACAUUUUCAGAAAACAGGAAGAAAUGUUUGUUUUAGCAAGGACAUCAGUAUCAUCAAUUGAUAUUCUAACAGUAAUCAAAAUGACUUGCAAUGAUGCCAUGAGGCUAACGAUUUGUAUGAAUGUAUACUACCAGUAAUAUCCAUCAUAUUCUGGUUACUUUUCCGGUGGGUGGUUUUGGGCUAGCUUUGUUAACCUGUUUUAUGAAAUCUCGCCAAGUCACACUUUCCUGUUCUGUUGGCUGAAAAUG